AUUUAGGAGGAAGGAGGAGGAGAAGGAGCCGGAGAAUUUCAAGUAAAGAAGACAAAUAAAGGAUACAGACUUCAGAUAAGAGAGUAAUGUAGAAAAGAAUGGAAGGCUUUAAAAACAGUAAAUAAUUAACAUGACGCCUUCUGUGUAUAGAGAUUUGAAUCCUUUGGCAGAUCUGACAGAUACCACAACCUAUACGACAACAACAAGUUAUGACACAGCCACUUUGAACGAACUUCGCGCAGCCACACCAAGUCUAUCAACAAAAUCAACAGUGUCUUCAGAAGACGCUUUGCUACAUGAAAAAUUCCCUUCUAUAGCUAAUCCCACAACAGAAAUAUCAGGAAUUCCCGAUGCAAGCGCGAUUUUGGCUGCCAAAAAGAAGCGAGAACAAAUGAGAAAGGGAUUUACAAUUCGAGAACAAGACGAUGGGUUUAUAGCUUUGGACAGUAAAGAUGAUACAGAGUUGGGUAGCGGAAGAUUAAUAAGAGAGGAAGAUGAUAUAGGAGAUGAUGGUGAAGCAGAAUUUGACAAAUACGUUGGAGGGUCCUUUACGAUAAACCAAGGCAAAGCAAAAGCUAUGGAAAAGGAGCGUAGAGAUGAUUUACGUGAAAUGAUUGACGAGGCUGAACAGGACGAGGAGCAAUCAGAAGAUAUUGGAAGAUGGGAAGAGGAUAUGAUCAAGUUUGGAGGUGCAAAAGCUCAAAGAAAAAGCAACGAUCCAUUUGCAGCACCGCUGAACUAUAGACCAGCACAGGUACCCGAGUCGGCUGCAUUGCCUACUCUGGCAGAUGUGAUGAGCUCUUUGAAUUUGGCAACAAACGACAUGGCAUUUUCAAUGGAACAGCACAAGAGCAACCUGGCAGAGGCACAGAAAUCAAUGGAUUCAUUAAAGGCGACAGAAAGGGACAUUGAAAGAGAAAUUGAAAGAGGAAGCGGUAGAUAUACCUACUUUCAGGAACUCUCACAAUUUGCCAACGACCUUGGAGAAUUUUUGGAUGCAAAGUUUCCAGAACUCGAGGAUUUAGAAGAAAAGGCGCACAGCAUGUUUGCUUCCGAUGCAGAGGUUAUCAUUUCUCGCCAAUGGCAAAACACAAUAGAUGAUCUAUCACUAUUUGCCCAAGUCCAGUAUACAGACAAUGAAAUGGAAGAAGAUGGGGAUUUGGAUGAAUUUGGCAGAAUGAAGGAUUUAAAAAACUCGGACAUAGCGCGACAUCGCAGAAGAGAAGAACGAAUUCAACGUAUAGCAAGGCAAGCCGAUCUUGCUGAAUUAUCAGGUGAGGAAGCUACACGAGAACAGGGGCUAUGGACAGAUGAUGAGCUGCAAGAAGAACAUAUUAUGCAAAGGGAUGAUAAAUUACAGGACAUCGAAAUGACUCAAGUUAACAAUAUGAUGGAUGAUGUGAAUAAUGAAUUUAAAUCCCUUGCAGCUGUAAAGAGCAAGUUUGAAGCGUGGAAGACGAUGUAUUAUGACGAUUAUCAAAAGGCUUAUGGCAGCCUGAGUUUACCAGCCGCAUUUGAAUUUUAUGUUCGCUUAGAAUUGGUAACUUGGAACCCAUUCUGUGAUUCCUUAGAAUUUGAUAGUAUGGAGUGGCAUAGGACUUUAUCAGAGUACGGGCUAUCAUCAGAACAUGAAGACCCUGACACUGAAAUGCUGAAUAAAAUAGUUGAAAAGGUGAUUAUAAAGAAGAUCAAAAUUUAUCUGGAAACAUUGAAUGCUCGUUCCUCAAGACAAAUGAGAUAUGCUUCGCAGGUUAUGGAGCAAGUCUCUUAUUAUGUGGAUCCAAACGAAAAAGCUUACAAGGUAUGUAAUUGUUUUGCCAUGUGUGUAUUUUUUUCUAAUGAUUGGGAUGAUAGGAACUCGCCAUUGAGCUUGUUCAUGCUUUAGAAAAACAGAUUAGUCGUAUUGCAAACAUUGUAGAGACGAGUACACUCAGAUCAAAUUUGGAUCAGGAGGCUAUAGAGGCCAAGCAUCGAUUUUUUUGGAGUCAGUGUAAAUAUCUAAAAACCUUGGCCUUUUUACGUCGACAAAUAUCCAGAGAUCAACUUGAUCGACUUGUUAAUAUCGUAUCCACUAGACUUAUAACACCUAUUUUACAACCACAGCUCGAUCCACUUGAUGCACAACUGCAUAACGAGAUGCUGUCAUUAUUGUCCGUUUUACAAAGAAAAUAAUAAUAACGAUGACAACAAGGGAUAAUUUAUUAUAACCAUACCCUAUUUCUUCUAUU